AUGCCACGGAUCGAGACCUACAAGAGCCGCGUCAACGCCAUCAACGGGCUGUGGGCGCAGGAGCGCGCCACUGCGCAGCCGUCGCCCAGCGUCUCUCCCGUGCUGACACACCUGGCGGAGAAUGGCCGCGGCACCCGGCACUACGACGCGGCCGGCGGGCGCGACCGACUGGUGUCGACCACGCGCCGGCCCGACACCCGCCGCCGACAACGCAACAGGAAGCGGCGGCCGCACAAGACCCCCAGCGGCGGCUACCUCAAGAUUAGCUCAGGCGUGCCCUCGAAGACCUAUGGGACGCCAACAAGGGCCUACGGGACGCCAACGAAGGCCUACGGGACACCAACGAAGAGCUACGGAGCACCUUCUCAGAGCUACGACGCUCCCUCGCAUGCUUACGACGCUCCCUCGCAGACUUCUGACGAGCCCUCGCAGACUUACGACGCCCCCUCGCCGAGUUACAACAGGCCGGCGGCUCAUCCAAACGCCAUACCUGCCGUCCAUAAGCCGCUGGCGGCGCCGGCGACGACGCCGGCACCGGUCACGUACCCUAGCCCCACCUUCCAGCCGCAGUUGAUCCCGACCUAUUCCCCCCAGACGUCCCCGGCCGGACCAGCGUACUCUACCGCCACAUCAACCGCCGGGCAGACGUACGGAGCGCCAACGACUCAGAACACAGCACCGCAGGCCGGGCAAACUUACGCAGCACCGCAGGCCGGGCAAACUUACACAGCACCGCAGGCCGGGCAAACGUACGCAGUACCGCAAGCUGGGCAAACUUACGCAGCACCGCAGGCCGGGCAAACUUACGCAGCACCGCAGGCCGGGCAAACUUACGCAGCACCGCAAGCUGGGGAAACGUACGCAGCACCGCAAGCUGGGCAAACUACUUACGCAGCACCGCAGGCCGGGCAAACUUACGCAGCACCGCAGUCCGGGCAAACUUACGUAGCACCGCAGGCCGGGCAAACUUACGCAGCACCGCAGGCCGGGCAAACGUACGCAGCACCGCAGGCCGGGCAAACUUACGUAGCACCGCAACCCGCGAAAACUUACGUAGCACCGCAGGUUGUCAAUACGUAUUCACCCCAGCAGACUGGGAAUAAGAACUCAGCACCACAGACUGGACAGACGUACAUCGCCCCGGUUGCAGUGCAGCAGUCUUACUCAACCCCGGCCCCAGCCCAGCAGUCCUAUUCAGCCCCAGCCCAGCAGUCCUACUCAACCCCGGCCCCAGCCCAGCAGUCCUAUUCAGCCCCAGCCCAGCAGGCCUACUCAACCCCGGCCCCAGCCCAGCAGUCCUAUUCAGCCCCAGCCCAGCAGUCCCACUCAACCCCGGCCCUAGCCCAGCAGUCCCAUCCAGCCCCAGCCCAGCAGGGCUACUCAACCCCGGCCCCAGCCCAGCAGUCCUAUUCAAUCCCAGCCCAGCAGUCCUACUCAACCCCGGUCCCAGCCCAGCAGUCCUAUUCAGCCCCAGCCCAGCAGCCCUACUCAACCCCAGCGCCGGCCCAGCAGACGUACGCGUCCCUAGCACCGGCCCAGCAGUCGUACGCGUCCCUAGCACCGGCCGGCCAGUCUUACCUCAGCGUGACCCGCACCAUCAGUCCGGCGGCGCACGGCGGCGGGCCCGACGUCACCAUCUCCCACCACACUCUCCUGCCGAGCGGCGGAGGCCACGCCCCGCCCUCUCCGCACCACGCGGACGGUACGACGGCGCCGCCGGCCGCCGACGAGCCGCAUCACCACCCGCACCACCCCGUCGGCGGGGACGGACGCGAGCCGCACCAUCCGCACCAUCCCGCCGCCGACGAGCCGCACCACCACCCGCACCACCCCGUCGGCAAUGACAGACACGAGCACGGCAGCCACGGUGACGCCGAGGAGCACUUCGUCGUCGAGAACGAGAUAGCCGACUACCAGCCGAGCUUCGAAGAGACGGACACGCACAGCCGGCCGUUCCUGCACACGCUGCGGCCGCAGGUGCUACCGCCGCCGGCGCGCAGCUUCGUGCCGCUGGAGGCGCCGACCGAACCCUCGCUGAGGGACGCCGUGCCGCCGCUGGCGCAGACGCAGGUGCCGCACGGGUUUCGGCAGUACUUCGCCUCGGGACUGCCCGCUGGCCGCAGUCGCGCCAAGACGUACUACGUGAACAGGAAGCCGACCGGCGCGGAGGAGACCGCGGACUCUGUGGAGGGGGCCACGGCUGUCCCGGCGCUCGGUGUGGAGACGUUCACCGUCUCUGGGGCUCUGUCUGUUGAAGAUACGGCAGGAAGGGAAUCGGGUGAAGACGAAAUCACGGGGACCGGCGACGUCAAUACACAGUCCCCGUUCGUGACUGCCGAUUUCAGCACCGCCCCCGAGAUCCCAGAGCAAGAAGUUUUCGCGGAAGUCACAACGACCAGGCCAACCACGCAGCCUGCGACACAUAAACCCGAAGAAACCACGACCGAGCACCGCCUGCCGAUCCCGACGGGGCCGACCACUGUCAACGAGUAUGUGGCCACUCUGCAGCCGUAUCGCAUCACCGCCGACCAGCCGCGGAAGCAUACCAUCACCACUGACCAGCCGCGGAAGCUGAGCAUCACCACCGACGAGCUGCGGAAGCACACCAUCACCACUGACCUGCCGCGGAGGCACACCAUCACCACUGACCAACCGCGGAAGCACACCAUCACCACUGACCAGCCGCGGAAGCACACCAUCACCACUGACCAGCCGCAGAAGCUGAGCAUCACCGCCGACCAGCUGCGGAAGCACACUAUCACUACUGACCAGCCGCGGAAGCACACCACCCAGCUCGAGUCCCGGUUCGCCCCCGCCGCGCGCACCAAGCCCACGUCGGCGCCACACCCCAAGCGGACUAAGAAGCCGCUUCUCAGCUGA